AUACGUCAUUCUCGAGAUCUCGUCUGAAGUCACGUGAACGUGUCCUUUUUCAAGAAAGUGGAAGUUGGCAUCCCCGGUGUAAGGAGCCUGGCCAACUGAAAGUUCAUCCAAGAGAAGAAAAUACCGAAGGGUCGUUGAAUUGGUAACGACCAAGAUGGGAAUUAAAUUUCUAGAGUUUGUAAAGCCGUUUUGUGCGGUUUUACCCGAAAUAUCUAAACCAGAUCGUAAGAUUCAGUUCAGAGAGAAAGUGCUAUGGACUGCCAUCACACUCUUUAUUUUCUUGGUCUGCUGUCAGAUUCCACUGUUUGGUAUCAUGUCCUCAGACUCAGCUGACCCUUUCUACUGGAUGAGAGUCAUCAUGGCUUCCAACAGAGGAACUUUAAUGGAGUUGGGAAUCUCACCAAUUGUGACAUCUGGUCUCAUCAUGCAGCUGUUGGCUGGUGCCAAAAUCAUUGAGGUUGGUGACACACCAAAGGACCGUGCACUCUUUAAUGGAGCCCAGAAAUUGUUUGCUAUGGUAAUGACGGUGACACAGGCUAUCGUGUAUGUCAUGACUGGCAUGUACGGUGAACCAGCUGAAAUCGGUGCUGGAGUCUGCCUCCUUAUCAUCAUCCAGUUAUUCGUGGCUGGUUUAAUCGUCUCCCUGCUAGAUGAACUGCUACAGAAAGGUUACGGGUUAGGUUCUGGAAUUUCUCUUUUCAUCGCCACCAACAUCUGUGAGACCAUUGUAUGGAAAGCCUUCAGUCCUGCUACUGUCAACACAGGCAGAGGAACUGAGUUUGAAGGAGCUGUCAUUGCCUUAUUCCACCUUCUGGCCACCAAGAACGACAAAGUGCGAGCCCUGAGAGAAGCUUUCUACAGACAGAACCUCCCUAAUCUGAUGAACCUGCUGGCCACAAUCAUGGUCUUUGGUAUUGUCAUUUACUUCCAGGGAUUCCGUGUGGAUCUGCCAAUCAAAUCUGCCCGUUACAGGGGUCAGUACAGCUCGUAUCCAAUCAAACUGUUCUACACCUCCAAUAUUCCCAUCAUUCUCCAGUCUGCUCUCGUAUCAAAUCUUUACUUAAUUUCUCAGAUUCUGGCAACAAAAUUCAGUGGAAAUUUCUUGAUCAAUUUACUUGGAGUUUGGGCUGAUGUUGGAGGUGGCGGCCCCGCCCGUUCCUACCCUGUUGGAGGUCUGUGUUACUAUCUGUCUCCCCCCGAGACCCUGUCACAUGUCGCAGAGGACCCUAUUCACGCUGUUCUCUAUAUGGUAUUUAUGCUGGGAUCGUGUGCGUUCUUCUCCAAGACAUGGAUUGAUGUGUCAGGCUCAAGUGCUAAAGACGUUGCAAAACAACUGAAAGAUCAACAAAUGGUGAUGCGAGGACACCGAGAGCAGUCCAUGAUUCACGAGUUAAACCGAUACAUCCCCACCGCCGCAGCUUUUGGGGGUCUCUGUAUUGGAGCUUUGUCUGUUUUAGCCGAUUUCUUAGGCGCCAUUGGAAGUGGAACUGGUAUCUUGUUAGCUGUCACCAUUAUCUACCAGUAUUUUGAAAUCUUUGUUAAAGAACAGAGUGAAAUGGGUGGAAUGAGCACGCUAUUGUUUUAGAACUGUUUAUAAACUCAAUUCAUUUCUCCAUCAGCUUUUUCAUACAACAGAUAUGACAUUUCAUUUUAAAGAUUGUUCAUAUCUUUUACUUCUGUUAUCAAUUGAAGUUGCUGUGAAUUAUAUCAUCUUAAAAAAAACUUUAUACUUAAAAUAAAUUAUUGGCUACAUUUUGAACAGCUGUAUUUAUUUUUAAACUGUAUAUAGUUAAAUGAUCGUAAGAAUGUCAGGUAUUCUUGACUUUAUUUAUAUUCAUGUAUUAUUUGAUAUUUGUUAGAAAUGAAAUCUUCCAAUUGAGUACAGCAUGUAAUGAAAGGGUUGUAUGCUAAUUAAACAUUGUAUGAGCUUUCACGUAAGUUUCCAGCAAAACCUCUGGCAUCGGACCACGGAACUAUUUCUCACCGAGAUGCUUGACAGCAACAGUUUGGUUAUGGUGUAUAAUUGUUGUCACACGCUAGAUUAUGACUGUAAGGGUGUAGUAAGUGAAAAUGUUUGUUUCAUUACGGAUUUUGUACAUGUUAUUAAAUGUGAGAAAGAAAGAAAUAAAAAUGGAGAAAAAUGUU